AUGUUUCUAUAUCUAAUUCUAAUAGCAUGCAUCGUAAAUGAUAUCUUUGGAACGCUUUGUCCGCCCAUAUUUGGCCAAUUUGAAUGUCCAUUGAAUUUUAAUUGUGUAACUAAUGAAUGCUACUCUGAGAAUAAUAUAACAGCGCCAUAUGAUUGUGAAGAGGUGAAAUGCAACGCUAAUUUCAGGUGCUAUAAGGGACGAUGUUAUCCAACACCUGGUCUACCUUGCGAUCGAAAUGUUGAAUUAUCCGAACAUCAUUUCAAAUCCAUAACUUCUAAUUGUGGCCUAAAAGCAAAAUGUGUCAAUGGUCGAUGCGUUGAAGAUAGAUGCCUUGGAAUAGAAUGUACCGAGAAUGAAUUAUGUCAAGAUGGGAAUUGUUUGAUAGUAAACAAUACUUUCUGUAUAACACAUUUUAAUUGUGGCCCAACAUUCAAAUGUUUUCAGAACAAAUGCAUAUCAUUAAGAGAUCCAAUUCCAUGCAAUUGUGAUCCUGGUGAAGUUUGCCGACAGGGCCAUUGUUGUGCACAUGUAAGCUGUGAAACGGGUUCAUUUUGCUUAAAAGGUACAUGUCAAACAGCUAUCGGUCAAGACUGCACUUUUACUCCAUGCCAAGGAAAUACAAUUUGUGUAGAAGGACGAUGCAUUCUGGAUCCUUGCACCAAUCGUUGUCCACCAGAUCAUGCCUGUCGAGAGGGUCAAUGUAUACAUCUUCAAGGAUUGCUGUGUCACAGAGAAUGUCCUAGACCAUAUGUUUGCCUUGAUGGGCGUUGCACAAGAAAUGAAUGUUUGGGAAAAAGUUGUCAACCUGGUGAAAUAUGUCAAUCUGGUUACUGCAUCAAAGUGGAAGGACGAUUGUGUAGUUUGGCGAUACGUGAUUGUGCUGAGGAAUUUGAGUGUAUUGAAGGUACUUGUCAUGAUCUGUUGAUAACAAAAGAUGAUAUUACUUUAUCAUAA